AAAUUAAAUAUUUAUACUUGUAUUCAAAUAUAAGUUCUUAUGUACUUAAGUACUUAAGUAGUACUUAUUUACUACGUAUUUACAUAAAUUCGGCAUUAUAUGAGAAAUGGUUUCGACGUUUGUUUGCAACAUCUCAAACAAGGGCCACGUAUCUAGUAUCUUCUACAUCAAUGUUUUAAACAUAACCAACUUAGAUAUGAAAAAUAGAAAGUGGGGGUAGAUCUGUUGUUCCUAAUCAAACAAAUAUUAUGUGGUUGUAAGAGAAAAAUUAAUAAAAACAAUUUCAGGCAUUCACGAGUUAAAGACUUAUAUCACAAUGGGGACUGUAGAAUAUGGUUUUCCAAUGAUAGGAGGUCUAAUGCCACAAAUUCAAGCGCUUAUAGCACCACCUGUAUCAGAGGAUUCAAAAGCAGCAAAAAAUAAAAAGGAUAAGGAAGAAAAGAAACACCCAUAUUUUAAAAGACGUGGACGAGGUCAUAAUCGCGAUAUCUGCGAUGCUUGUAGAGAUGGAGGAGAACUUAUAUGCUGUGAUAAAUGCCCUGCAUCAUAUCAUUUACAAUGCCAUUAUCCAGCAGUUGAUCCAGCAGACAUUCCCAAUGGAGAGUGGUUAUGUUAUGCUUGUCGGUGUGCAUCAAAAAGAAACCUUUUAGAUAGCAAAGGAAAUGAAAAGAAUAAAAAGAAAUCUGCCUUGGAGGUACUAGCUUUAGCAGCGUCUCUAGUUAAUCCUAGAGAGUUUGAAUUGCCUAAAGAAUUACAGUUACCGAUAAUGUUCCCUGGUAGUAAUAAAGUAGAUUAUGUGUCGGGUAGAAGAGGAAAACAACAAAGUGGAAAUACUAAUAGAAGAAAUCACUGUUUAGACAGUAAUUUAAUGGUACCUUUACCAGCACGUUUGUGUUUUGAAUGUGGACGCAGUUGCAGGAAAGCACCAUUAAUCGCAUGUGAUUACUGUCCACUGUAUUUUCAUCAAGAUUGUUUGGAUCCUCCACUCACCGCUUUUCCUAUUGGUAGAUGGAUGUGUCCUAAUCAUCCAAAUCAUUUUAUAGACCAAAAUUUAUUGACAUCGUGCAGGGUAACAGAGCGUAUUAAACUUUGGGAUAAGUAUGCUAAUCAACGUAUAGAUCAACAUGCAGUAAAAUUAGAUUUUUUGCGUAAAGCACGUACAACAAAUCCACUUUUUCGUACAAAAGUGAGGCUAGAAGGUCGAACAAGAGUAAAAGUUCCCUGUUCUGUAAAAUUCCAUUACGAGCAUCCACCGGAGUUAGAUCCUAUACGAUUUUAUCAUGAUACUGUCAUACGAUCAGCGUCUAAGAGUACUAAAAAGCAAGAUACAGAAAAUAAUGAUUGCAAAACUCUUAAAGUAGAACACACAGAAAUAAAGAAAUCAGAAGAGCAGAUGGAAGUAGAAAAAGAGGUUGAACAGAAUAGUGAAAUAAAAGAAGAAAACAGUAAAGAAGAUGCAAUCAACGAAACAAAUGGUAGAGAAGGAUUGGAAGAAGAAAAACUAAAUAAAAAUAGUUGUAAAGAUGAUAGUAGUGCUGAGUAUUGUGCAGAACACUUUGGUUACGAUAUAAAGGAAGGUGUACAAUUACUUGAAAGACCAGUAUUGGAAGCGUUAGCAUUGCAACGAUUAGAACAAAUAUUAGAUUCAGAUGGAGAAAAUUAUCACACAGUCGGUUGUCAUACAAUGGCAAGAGCUGCUCUAUUUUCUCUAAGUUAUAAACCUAAACCACCAAUUUUUAUGAUUCAUAAAACAUUAACUAUAGGAAGUGGCCCUAAUUGUGAUUUAGUUUUAUCCAACUAUGGUAAUUGCAGCUUUACAUCUUCAAAGCAUGCAAUUAUUUUCUUUGACGAGAGUACAAAACGUUAUGAACUAUUAAACUACAGUGAAUAUGGAACUGUAGUUGAUAACGUACUUUAUUCUUGUAAUUAUACCGAUGUAGCUAAAGAGCAAGCAAAAGAAGAAACUGAUGAGAAAAUAGAAUUAAUAACGAAAGAAGAAAAGACAACAGAAGCCGUGAAAGCUAUAAUAAAAGAAAAAGUGUUACUUUCUCAAGAACAAACAGAAAAAAAAAGAAUAUUAUGUAAAUGUAACUUAACAAGAUAUGAAACAAAGAGUACAGAUCACUUAGAAGAAGGUUGGGAAGGAAGUGCUAUCGUUGCUCAUGGGUCAACGUUAGCUUUUGGAUGUCUAUUAUUUGUAUUUAAUACGAUAAAUGCACAUUUAGAACAAUGAAAUUUAGCAUUGUAAAUAUUUCAUCAUUUUCAUGUAC